AUGGAGAAAAUAGACUUAUCCACCAAUCUGAAGCGUAUUCAAGAAGCCUAUAACAAGGUGGUAGGUGGAGAUCCCGAGGCCACUUAUGUUGUGUACAGUGUUGAUAAGAAGGCCACGUUGGAUUUGAAGGAAACUGGUGAUGGAGAUUUGGAUGAAUUCAUUAGCCAAUUUGAAGAGGGUCAUGUCCAAUAUGGCUUGUCCAGAUUGACUGUUCCAGGUUCUGAUGUGACCAAGAUUUUGCUUUUGGGUUGGUGUCCUGAUAGUGCUCCUGCUAAAUUAAGAAUGUCAUUUGCUCAAAACACUGCUGAAUUUUCCAAAGUGUUGAACGGUUAUCAUGUUCAAAUUGUUGCCAGAGAUGAAGACGAUUUGGAUGCUAAUGAGUUCUUACGUCGUGUGUGUGCUGCUGCUGGAGCCAAUUAUUCAGCUCAAAGCUCGUCUAAGUCUGCUGGUGGUGGUUCCUCAUCUACUUCUACUCCAAUUAGACCUAAGCCUGUAGCAGCUCCUAUCAAGCCUUCGUUUGUUCCAAAAUCUACUGGUAAACCUGUGGCUGCUUCUACUUCUUCAAGUUCUGUGGCUCCAGCUCCAGCUCCAACCAUUGGAAAGAGUUUCCCUGCUAAGUCUGAAGGUGAUGAAUGGGGUGGAGAGAAGGAAUUGGAAGUUAGAGACUUUUCCAAAGAACCUUUGGAAGAAGUUCCUUCAGCAUACAAACCAUUGAAGGUAGAUAUCGCAGAAUUGAGAAAGGGUAAAUCCGAUACCGUUUCAUCUACUCCAGUUCCUUUCAAAUCCACUGUGGAAGAUGAAAAAAAGAAGGACGAUGAACCUCCUAAGACAUUCUCUGAAAGAAUGAGCUCGUUCAAUCGUCCAGAGUCAAAGUCGUCUUCGUCAUCUGAUGGCAGGUUGACCUCCUUGCCUAAGCCAAAGCCUUCUAAUACCGUGAGUCUGAGAUUCACUCCUACUGUUACCACUUCUGGAACAUCACCUAAAUUUGGUUCCAAACCUUCAAUUGUCAAUCCAGUGGAAAAUAGAAACGACAAGAUUGUAGGAGGUUUCAAGAUCUUUGGUGCUGAAAAUGGUAAGACUCCAGCACAACUCUGGGCUGAAAAGAAAGGUAAAUUUAAGUCUGUCCCACAGGAAGACGAAGCAGCAGACCACAGUCAUGUUGAAAGCGAUAUGGACAAGUUAACAGUGAACGAUGAAGAAAAGGAAGAAAGCGUUGUUAAGCCAUCUGAUCAUGUGUUCGACAAGUUUGCUAAACAAGAAGAAGAUGAUGAAGAUGAAGAUAGAAAGCCUGUACAAUUCCUUCCUGCUCGUAAUUUGCCACCUCCUCCAAUUAGAACUGUGGUUCGUCCAGCAGAAGUUGAAGAAGACGAAGACAAAUCUCCAUCUCUUCCUUCUAGAAGUGAACCAGAGCACGUUGAAGAGGAAGAAGAGGAAGAGGAGACACCUGCACCACCUUCUCUUCCCUCAAGGAGCCAACCUCAACCAGAAGAAGAACCAGAAGAAGAAGAGGGAGAAGAAGGAGAAGCUCCUGCCCCUGUUUUGCCUUCUAGAAGCGGAGCAUCAGGAAGCCUUCAGGCCAUUGCUGAAUAUGAUUGUGAAGCCGACGAAAGUAACGAGAUCUCAUUCAAAGAAGGAGAUUUAAUUGUAGAUAUUGAACAGAUCGAUGAAGAGUGGUGGAAGGGUAAACAUUCCAAAACCGGUAAUGUUGGUUUGUUUCCUUCGAGUUAUGUUUCUUUAAAGAGUGAGGAGACUUCUUCUGCUGCUACUGGUGCCACUCCUCCUGCUCCACCUGCAAGAGCCUCCCCGGCACCUGCUGCUGCAGAUAUCGGUAUCUCCGCUGUUGCCGAAUACGAUUGUGAGGCCGACGAAGACAACGAGCUUUCCUUUAAAGAGGGAGACGUCAUUAUUGAAAUCGAAAAGAUUGAUGCUGAUUGGUGGAAGGGGAAGCACUCAACUACUGGAGCCGUUGGUCUUUUCCCUGCCAGUUAUGUUACCAUCAAUUAA